AUGGGCGUGUCUGGCGGCGAAGAGGGCGCACGGAACGGGCCCUCGCUCAUGCCCGGCGGCCACGUCGAUGCCUACAACAACAUCAGGGACAUCCUCGAGAAGGCCGCGGCGCAGACGGAAGACGGGGCGUGCGUCACCUUCGUUGGGCCCGGUGGUGCCGGCAACUUCGUUAAGAUGGUGCACAACGGGAUCGAGUAUGGCGAUAUGCAGCUCAUCGCUGAGGCAUACGAUGUGCUCCGCAGAGUUGGGGGCCUGUCCAACUCGGAGAUUGCCGAUGUGUUUGCGGAAUGGAACAAGGGCGAGCUCGAGAGCUUCUUGGUUGAGAUCACCGCGGAUAUAUUCACCGUGGCUGACCCAUUGGAUGGGAGCGGCGGGGCUCUGGUUGACAAGAUUCUAGACAAGACUGGGAUGAAGGGGACUGGGAAAUGGACGGUGCAGCAGGCCGCAGAGCUUGCAGUGGCAGCACCCACAAUUGCUGCAUCACUGGAUGGGAGGUACUUGUCAGGGUUGAAGGAUGAACGGGUUGUGGCUGCUGGGGUGCUCGAGGAAGAGGGGAUGCCAGCAGGGCUGUUGGAGACGAUUAAUGUUGAUAAGAAGGUGCUAGUGGAUAGGGUCAGGCAAGCGCUUUACGCCUCGAAGAUUUGCAGCUAUGCACAGGGCAUGAAUCUGCUGCGAGCCAAGAGUGUGGAGAAGGGUUGGAACCUUAACCUUGCAGAGCUUGCCAGGAUUUGGAAGGGCGGAUGCAUUAUCCGUGCGAGGUUUCUUGAUAGGAUCAAGAGGGCGUAUGACAGAAAUCCUGAGCUUGCCAAUUUGAUUGUUGACAGAGAGUUUGCAAGGGAGAUGGUGCAGCGGCAGAAUGCGUGGAGGUGGGUUGUGGCACGGGCGGUGGAGGCUGGCAUUAGCACACUAGGAAUGACUGCUAGCCUUUCGUACUUUGAUACCUACAGAUCAAGUCGAUUGCCUGCAAACCUGAUCCAAGCACAGAGGGAUCUGUUUGGUGCACACACCUAUGAGCGCAUUGACCGUCAAGGUUCAUUCCACACAGAAUGGAACAAGCUGGCGAGGAGAAGCAAUGGUGCAGCCAUUUGA